AUGGCCAAUAGGGACAUGUACUGGCUUAUCUAUGGACUGUGGCAUCUAUAUGGCGGGCUGAAGGGUGUGGAGUUUUUCAAUCAAACUACUGGCGAAGUGUUCAUGCCAAAAGGCCCUUUUGAUUUUGGAAACUUGACCACAUUUAACCUACUUACAGCAAGGUUUAUGAGUGAGGAGUAUCUCAACAACAGAGUCGAUGACCACAUCAGAACAAUUUGCACAGAACCCAAGAGCAAGCGUGCUGGCAAGGCCAAAUUUAAACUCAAGUUGAAGGAAAACUGCAACAAGCUCCUGUCGUGA